GCCAUAACGGAUCGGCCUCUUCGGAGCCCACUUUGGACAUGGCGUAAAGGCGACGGGUUCGAGCGCCAGGGCCGUUCGGGAAGACGAAAGAAAGAAAGACAGAAGAAGGGGAGAGGGUCCGCAGGGUCGAUCACAAGCAGCACUGUGUGUGUAUGUGUUUUACCGCAGAACUGUUCGGGUUCCAGUAAGUUCAGAAGAUGAUGUCUGACGCUAGUGAUAUGUUGGCAGCAGCCUUGGAACAAAUGGAUGGCAUCAUAGCAGGUUCCAAGGCUCUGGACUACUCCAAUGGCAUUUUUGACUGCCAGUCCCCAACAUCACCGUUCAUGGGUGGCCUCCGGGUGCUGCACUUGGCAGAGGACCUACGGGCAUCUCUGGAGAUGUUGCCUACCGACGAGAAGGAAGGACUUCGCUGCCAGAUCCCCGACUCUACCGUCGAUUACCUGCUGGAGUGGCUGCAGGGACACCUGACAAAUGGUCACAUCUCUGUUGGUGGUGACGUAUAUCAGGAAAGGCUUGCUCGACUCGAGGGUGACAAGGAGUCCCUUAUUUUGCAAGUGAGCGUCUUGACAGACCAGGUUGAAGCACAAGGGGAAAAGAUUCGAGAUCUGGAUCUGUGCCUUGAGGAGCAUCGGGAGAAGCUGAACGCAACAGAGGAAAUGCUACAACAGGAACUGUUAAGUCGAACGGCACUGGAGACACAGAAGUUGACCCUGAUGGCUGAGGUCUCCAACCUGAAGCUGAAGCUCACUGCCAUGGAGAAGGAGCACAUGGACUUCGAUAGGUUCAGGGGCAGUGAGGAAAUGAUCCAGGAGAUCAGUGACUUGAGGUACCGAGUAAAAGAGAUGGAGGAUGAAAGACUGCAGUAUGAGAAGAAGCUGAAAUCCACCAAGGAUGAGCUGGUCGUACUCAAGAGGCAGCUGGAGAACAGAGACAUGGAGCUGGAAAGGCUGCAGAACGAGACGCAGCUCUGGGCCCGAACUCCGGAAGGCAAAGAAGGUGCGGAGAAAGUCUCCCCCACAGAGGAGUCUUAUAAAAAGAAGCUGAAAGAGAAAUACUUCGAAGUACAAAAAAUGAAGAAGGCAGUAGAGUCAUUGAUGGCUGUAAAUGAAGAGAAGGAUCGUAAAAUUGAAGAGCUGCGGCAGUCACUCAACCGCUAUAAGAAGGUCCAGGACAUGGUGAUGUCUGUGCAGGGAAAGAAAGAAAAACUGAAAGAUGGAGACAGCGAUGAAAGCUACAGUGACACAUCUGUGUCGAUAUCUGCUGUGUCCGUUGCUAUGGAUUUGGAACGGUUGGCCCAGCCCGGUUUUGAGGACAAGGCAAGGAAAAGCCCAGAGGAGCAGCGUCCCGACCUCCUUCAUGGCUCCUCCAGCCUGUCCAAGGCGCUCUCUGAAUCUGACAGAGUACACAAAGAAGGCCCGAUGCUUGACAGUGAUGAUGUUGCUGCAGAAGUGUCUGUUAUCCAGGAAUCUCCUCUGUGUGAAAGUCCAGUGUCUGAAGAUCUUACCAAAAGAGGCAGCAUGGACAACUUGGACAACACUGAAAAGAAGUCUGGUCCAGACCAGCAGAAGGCAGGGGAGAACAAGUCCUAUGAGGAGGUGAGCAAGAUGAGCACCCUUCCGCCAAAAUCCCCCACGCCCGCUGAUGACGACAGCUUCGGUACCAGGAAGGCCCGCUCGUCAUUUGGUCGCGGCUUCUUCAAGAUCAAAGGUGGCAAGAGGACAGCGAGUGCACCAAACCUGGCAGAAACCGAACGGGAGGGCACAGAGCAUUUGGACCUGGCAGUGAUGCCGUCCCGCUUGACAGAGAGCGACAGCACCCACACGCUGCCCUCCUCCCCAGAAAGCAAGAAGAAGUCCAGGGGAAUCAAGAAGUUCUUUGGAAAGUUGAGGAGAAGUCAGUCGACGACCUUCAAUCCAGAUGACGAAUUGCCGGAGGCGGAAUUCAAGAGGGGUGGCGUGAGGGCCACAGCGGGUCCCCGACUCGGCUGGUCACGUGACCUGCAGCAUGUCAAAAAUGAGUUGGACACACCCUUUGCCAGGUGGACGAAGGAGCAGGUGUGUUCGUGGCUGCAGGAACAGGGCCUUGGCAUGUACACGGCCCAGGCCAGGCAGUGGAUUGUGUCAGGCCAGACACUGCUACAGGCUUCCCAGCAGGACCUAGAGAAGGAGUUGGGCAUCAAGCAUCCCCUCCAUAGGAAGAAGCUGCAACUUGCCUUGCAAUCAUUGGGCUCUGAAGAGGAUGACAACAAGGGAAAGCUGGAUUAUACCUGGGUGGCCAGGUGGUUGGAUGACAUCGGCCUGCCCCAGUACAAAACCCAGUUUGAUGAAGCCAGAGUCGAUGGGCGUAUGCUUCACUACAUGACUGUGGAUGACCUGCUGUCCUUGAAAGUGGGCAGUGUCCUCCACCACUUGAGCAUCAAGCGAGCUAUCCAGGUGCUCCGUCUCAACCAUUUUGAGCCUAACUGCCUUCGCCGACGGCCAUCUGAUGAGAACAACAUCACCCCAGCGGAGAUCUCUCAGUGGACCAACCACCGGGUCAUGGAGUGGUUGCGGUCUGUAGACUUGGCUGAGUAUGCACCCAACCUGAGGGGGAGUGGAGUGCAUGGAGGAUUAAUGGUGUUGGAGCCCCGUUUCAAUGUUGAAACCAUGGCGCUGCUGCUCAACAUCCCGCCCACUAAAACCUUGCUGCGCCGUCACUUGGCCACUCAUUUCAACCUGCUCAUCGGCUCCGAGGCCCAGCAGCUGAAGCAGGAGUGUCUGGAAGGUCCCGAUUACACGCUGCUGACCGCCACCGCCAAGGUCAAGCCCAGGAAGCUGUCCUUUGGAAACUUCGGCAGUCUGCGCAAGAAAAGGCAGGACGACAAUGAGGAGUAUGUCUGCCCCAUGGAUGUGGAAAUGCCCAAGGGCAGCAGCUUCCUGAGGGGCCAUCGUCUCUACGACGACGAGCUGGACCGGCUGGAGCAGAUGGAAGACUCUGAAGGAACAGUGAGGCAAAUUGGGGCUUUCUCCGAAGGCAUUAACAACCUGACGAGCAUGCUGAAGGACGAUGAGUUCUUCAGUGAGCUGUCGGCAUGCUCUCCCGACGGGCUGACCGACGCCGACUCCUGAGAGCGUCUUCGCCUCGUCAUCCCAUUGCCAUGGAAACAGACUGUGCUGACCCUACCUGAAAAUGUGCCCUUCUACUUUAAGCCAUGGCUGCACAGAGGUCAUACAUCCGGAAACCAAUGCCUUCAAUUCUAAACUUUUAAAAGAGGGAAAAAAAAAAAAAAAAAAAUUAUUACAUUGUGGAAAGUCUUAUCCAACCCUUAGUCUUCAAGUAUUUUUGUUUCUCCUCUGUCUGGAUGUGAGGUUUAUUUGCUGCUUAUUUCUUGUUCUGUCAUCCU